UAUACUUCAUUGUGAACGUUUGUAUUAAAAUAGGAAUGAAUUUUCUCUUGAAUACAAUUUUAUUGUCACUAUUUUCUCAAGUUUUGAGCUUUCUCAAUUGUAAAGCUAAAGAAACAGACAAUGGAUUUCUUUGUGUUUGUGACUCGGUUUAUUGCGAUACAACUCCAGAAACACCUAAGUUGCCAAAUAAAUAUGCCCAUAGCAUAAUGACUUCCAACAGCCGACCAGGCUUUAACGCUGAUAUCGUAAAAUUCAGCAAUACGGAAAAGCUUUUGAAUAACGGAACUGUUUUUAUUGUAAACUCAACAAUCGUUUUACAAGAGUUAAGAGGUUUUGGUGGCACUUUUACAGACGCUUUUGGACUUAAUGUCUUAAGCUUAAGCGAAAAAAGUCAAGACUCCCUCCUAAGAUCUUAUUUUGGCCAAGAUGGUCUAAGGUACAGGCUUUGUCGGGUUCCAAUUGGUGGCACGGACUUUUCUCAAAAAGCUUAUAAUUAUGACAACACAGAGGAUGAUAUGGAGCUAAAGCAUUUUAAACUUGCCGAUGAGGAUUUUGUCUAUAAGAUACCUUUGAUAAAACGUGCACAAAUUCUGGCAAAGAAGAAGAUAAACUUGAUCGCUAGCAACUGGGCUCCUCCAGACUGGAUGAAAGUAAAAACGACAUCGAAUUCAUCCUAUUUGAAAGACGAGUAUUACCAGGUUUAUGCUGAUUACCAAAUACGCUUUCUAGAAGAGUAUAAAAAGAGGAAUAUACAAUUUUGGGGUAUCACGGCUGUGAACGAACCCCUGACUGGAUUGGCUAUACAUUUCAGUAUAAACAACGUUAUAAUGUUGCCUGAACAACAGAGAAAAUGGAUAGGGCAUUUCUUUGGGCCUUCCUUGGAAACUAGAGGCUUUAGAGAUAUCAAAAUAAUGACUUUAGACGAUCAGAGAAAAUAUAUAUCUUGGUGGAUGGACAUUGUCAUGUUAGAUAAAGAAGCUGCAAAGUAUACUUCAGGGAUUGCUCUCCACUGGUAUUUUGACAGCCAUACCUCACCAGAGAUGAUAGAUGAAGUUAAUAGAAAGUUUCCUGACAAGUUUGUUUUAUACACUGAAAGCAGUAUAAACAAAGCAAUUUCUGAUGAUGUGAUUAAUUUAGGGUCAUGGAUGAGAGGAGCUUUGUACGCUUACAAUAUAAUCGAGAAUCUAAACCACUGGUCUAUUGGAUGGAUAGACUGGAAUAUGGCUCUGGACAUGACUGGAGGCCCAAGUUACAUCGGACAAAAUUGCGAUGCACCAAUUCUCAUUGACAAGGAGAAAGACGUAUUUUAUAAGCAGCCUAUGUAUUAUAUGCUCGGUCAUUUUUCUGCAUUCACCGAUGAAGACUCUGUUGUGAUAAGCUUGCAAGAAAAGACGCCAACUCGGACCAGAAGGAAGCGAGCUGUACCUCCAUGGCCUACACCUGUUGAUCCAGUUCCGAUCUCCAUUCCAAAAGGUAUCCACGGCGUGGCGGUACAGAACAAAGAUGGGAGCAAAUCCAUAUUUCUAUUAAAUGGACAUAAACAUGAUGCCAACGUUACAGUAAUUGAUGUUGAAAGAGGAAAUCUUUAUCUAACAUUAAAACCAGAAUCAAUGAAUUCUUUUAUAUAUUGGUGAAUUGAAAAUGACAUUUCAGUACAAGAUAAAAAUUAAUAAAUUACAACUUUUUUUGUACAUACGUACAUACAAAAUAUCAAGCAUUACUGAACAACUACUUUAUUAAACUUAGAUAGUUAAUUUUUGGAAUGUGUUAUGUUCAAUAAAGAUACAUUGUACAGGGAAUGUAUAAAAAUUUAUUUGAUUAAACAGUUUUACCGAAAUACACUGCACCACAGAAAAUGUGGCACAAUUUGAAAUUUUGAUAUAUUUAUGUAUGUGCCUGUUCAGUUAUACAUUUUCUAUAAUUCAGGUAUUUUUUAAAAGAUUUGCUUAGACGUUCCAAUGAGAAACUGGUUUUGUAAUGGCACUCAAUUUGAAUGUGCGAAAAUUAUAGCACAAGUAAAUAUUAUAAUACUAAAUACUGUAAGAAAUUAAUUAUAGAUUAGUGAUUAAAAAUAAAAGA